AAAGGACCGGAGCACGGAGGGCAGAGGGAUGGGAGGGAUGAUGAGCGCGGGGAGGAGGGGGGGAAGAAAGAAUCGGAGCAUGGAGGGCAGAGGAAUGGGAGGGAUGUUGAGAGUGAGGAGGAGGGGAGGGAGAAGGAAUCGGAGCAAGGAGGGCCGAGGGAUGGGAGGGAUGUUGAGAGUGAGGAGGAGGGGAGGGAGAAGGAAUCGGAGCAAGGAGGGCAGAGGGAUGGGAGGGAUGCUAAGAGUGAGGAGGAGGGGAGGGAGAAGGAAUUGGAGCAUGGGGGGAAGAGGGAUGGGAGGGAUGUUGAGAGUGAGGAGAAAAGGAGGGAGAAGGAAUCGGAGCAUGGAGGGCAGAGGGAUGGGAGGGAUCAUGGGGGUGGGGAGAAGGGGAGGGAGGGAAAAAACGCGCUGCAUGGGAGAAACGGGGUGGGGGGGGAUAGCAGCAGGCGUUGGGAGCGGGAGCUAAAAGGAGGUGAGGGGGAGAAGGAAAGGGGCAGUGAUUUUCAGUGGGAUUAUGAGGGAAGGGAGGAUGCAUGGAGUGGCGGUGCAGAGAAGGAGAAUGUGGGGAUUGAGCGUGUGAGGAGUGGGGAUGGGGCGAGUGAGAGGGGGCUGUUGGGGGGCUACAGACGCCGAAGGAGGGGAUUGUUCUGGAAGGACCUCGCACAGGAAGGGGAAGCAGGAGGGCGACGGGAUUGCAUUGGGGUGGAAGGCGGUGAGGGAGCGGGUGAGGGAGGUGAGGGACUUGCGGUUGCGGAUAGAGCAGCGCGUGCGAGCACGGUUGGAGCAGUGCGCGGAGGGCAUGCAGCUGGCAUAGCUUGGCGCGACGUGGGGCGAGUGGAGGGAGGAGAGGGAGGGGAGCGGGGAGAACGAGGGGAGGGAGGAGAGGGAGGGGAGCGAGGGGAGGGAAGGGAGGGAGUGGAGGGACGAGGGAAGGAAAGCCGUGGGCGAGGAAAGGCGGGGGUUGUUGUGGGUUGUGAAAGGAGUGCGGAGGGUGAUUGGGGCAGUCAUGAGGGGAUUGAGAUGGAGGAAGGGGAGGGAUGCCGAGUUGAUGGGGAGAGGGGUGGGGAAGCAGGUGGCAGUGGAGGGCGGGACGAGAAGGAGGAGGAGGUUCCUAGCAAUGCACCUGAGAUUCGACCUGGUGAGUCACCUGCAAAGUCGUGCAUCAUGCAUAUGCGAGAGGCGGUGAGACACGUAACAGGGUGUGUGAGUGGGCAUGGGACGAGGCGAGGAGGGGUGGGUUUAGAGCAAGGCGUGUCCCAUGCUGCUCCCUCGCCCCCUCCUAGACCCAAAACGACCUUCAGCGACACUCACUGCCCCCUCAACGCGACCCCCACUCCUCUCUCAAUGCAACUCUCUCCCUCUCCCCCUCGCUUCCUCCCCCCCCCAGGCAAGACAUGGUGGCGAAUUCAAGUUGCAACAACGGACAUGGUGGCACACUCGAGGUGUGACUAUGGGGAGGAAAGGGAGGAGCAGGAGCAGCUGAGGCAAUACUGGGAGAAAGCGUGGGGGGUGGGGCGGGAGGGUAAUGUGCAGCACACCCCGCAGCAGCUGAGGGCGGCUGGCAAGUGUCCCCUCACGCCAGAGGAGGCGGGGCUGGUGCUGGCGGCGCUGGAGUUCUCCAGACACACGCGGCUCUACGUGGCUUCGUACCAGCGAGUAACGGAGUAA